ACUACGUCUUCUUUGCGACUCCCCAUUUUCCAAUUGGGUUUUGGUUUUUUUGCUUGCUUUCAAGAUGCAUCUGUGGCAGGCCACUCUUCCCUUCUGUCUGCUGGCUUCAGCUGCUCUGCCCGCGGCCGCUGCGUCCGGUUGGGGCUUUACUGAUGCCACCGUGGCAGUUCAACCCAAGGGCGCUGGAAUCAACGGCGGAUUCAAGGAACAGUUCUCUUCCUCUAAGCCGCUGUCCAAAGCCGUCUCGCUCUCCGGUGCCGAUACAUUGCGCGUCACCUUGACCACCCAGGAAGGAAGCUCGGCGAAGCGACCACACCAAGCUUUCCUGUUGUUGCAGGAUACCCAAACUGGAUUGGACAUCUCCUAUCCCUUCACCGUCAAGGAGAAUGGCAAGUCUCGAGUGGAAUUGACCCAGAGGGAGCUACCGCUUCAAUUCCUCCACCACGCCGACCCCAUCGAUGCCCGUGUGGUUAUCGGAUCUUUUGGCAGCUCUGAGCCCUAUGACAACUCCGUCUUCAAGCUGUCCAUUGACCGUGAUCUCAACGUGCCCAUCCCCACCGUUGAGCCCGCGCGGUACGGCAAGCUGCCUGAGAUCCACCAUAUCUUCAGGGAUGCUCCGAGCAACCCGACAAUCGUCAUCACCCUGGCCUUUGUGGCCAUGGUCGGGGCCACCCUCCCGGUUCUGGCUGGCUUGUGGCUCUUGCUCGGCGCCAAUGUGAACCACCUUCCCACCGCGUUCAAGUCCGCUCCUCUGCCCCACGCCCUGUUCCUCGGCUCCCUUAUUGCCUUUGAGGGUAUCUUCUUCCUCUACUACACCUCCUGGAACCUGUUCCAGAUCCUGCCCGCUGCGGCGGCCGUUGGCGCGGUCGCAUUCUUGAGCGGCAGCCGCGCAUUGGGUGAAGUCCAGGGCCGCCGCUUUGCUGGCCUUCGCUAAAUGCUCGGGCUUUUCUCAUCCCCUCAUCUAUCCAUUUCUUGUUGAGGCUGUCUAGUAUAGCUGUCCAUGGCCGUCGAUCGGUGUGUAUCUUAUCUUUGAUGAUAUCCGUC